AUGCCGCCCACCCCGCCCUCGACAAACUCCUCCAGCGCAGGCCACUCGCCGCCCGACCCCCAGUUCCGAGUGGUGCGCAAACGGAAUCGCGUGCCUCUGUCGUGCGGAGCCUGUAGACAUCGAAAGCUAAAGUGCAACCGCGGCCACCCCUGCGACAACUGCACCAAGCGCGGAGACACGGCAUCAUGUACGUAUGCUACUCCAGGCAACCGCAAGAAGAGCUCCUCGAGCGCCGGCUCUGCAUCCACCCCAGAUGACAUGCAAAACCGCAUUGACCGCCUCGAAGGACUCGUUCUGUCGUUGAUGACCAAUGGCGCCCAAAGCGCCGGCCCUGCUGCUGCCCAGGCGGCCAUUGCAAGCAGCCUGGCCACCGGUCCCUCGGAUGCCCACUUCAACAUGGCCCACCUGACCACGGCCAUGAGCACCGGCGCCCCGGACUCGAUCCCCGAGGAAGACGUCGCCGACGAAAGCGACAUGGAGAACGUCACAAAGUCGAUUGGCGUCAUGAAGGUCCACAACAACCACACCAUCUUUGCUUCCGAGGCCCACUGGUACGCCAUCCUGGGCGAGCUCUCCGAAGUCAAGAAUUACUUUGCAGAACACAAAAAGCAGUACGACGAUCAGCUGCGCCGCUACAAGGAAGCACAGGUCGGCGACCGCCCCCCCGGCACCUCGAUCCUCAUGGGCGCCCACAAGCCAAGCUCCAAAGCUGAAAUCCUGUCGCGCUUCCCCCCCAAACCAACAGCCGACCUGCUCGUCUCGCGCUUCUUCAACACCUAUGACCCCGGCAUCCACAUCAUACACGGGCCGUCCUUCCAGAAGGAAUACGAUCGCCAUUGGCUGCAACCAGAAGAGACGCCCGUCAUCUGGCUUGGCCUGGUAUUCGCCAUGAUGUGCAUUGCACUGCAGUCCUAUACUCGGGCUGGCGACGAGCCCCCAGAGUAUCACAACAAGUCUUGGGACAUGUCGAGAGAGUACGGCGACCUCACUGCGCAGUGUCUGACGCUGGCAGACAUCACCUCGCCCAUCACCGGCAUGAUAGAGACGCUCAUCUUACACGUGCACGCCGAGUACGCGCGUAGCAGAGACGCCGAAGUCGGCAUAUUCAUCAGUACCGGCAUCAUUGUACGCUUGGCCAUGCGAAUGGGUUUCCAUCGGGACCCCGGCCCAUAUCCCGGCAUACCCGUCUUUCAGGCAGAAAUGCGAAGACGAGUAUGGGCCGUCGUGCGCUCACUAGAUCUAUUGUUUUCGGCCCAGGCAGGCCUCCCGCCCAUUGUCCGCCCGCGCGACACCAACACGGAGAUUCCCCGCAAUCUCUACGAUGACGAACUCCACGAGGAUAUGAAGCUUCUGCCGCCAUCGAGACCCGAGACCGAGGCGACUCCCACUCUUUUCUUGAUCAACCGAACCCGUCUCAUCUACAAGCUGGGAGAGGCUGUCGAGUGCACAGACACUCUGACCUGCUCAUCGUACGACGAGGUGAUGAAGCUGGACAUGGAGGCUCGAGAACUGCACGACAACAUUUCUCCUCAUCUGAAGAUGCGAGGAAUGGAUGAAUCGGCACGGGACCCAUCAACCUUGAUCAUGCAACGAUUUACCCUGGACCUGCUCUUUCUGAAGAUCAUCUGCGUGUUGCACCGCAAGUACCUGGCCUAUGCCAGAGUACAGUCGCGCUUUGCUUAUUCGAGAAAGGCCGUCAUUGAGGCGUCGCUGAUGCUUCUCAAGCACCAAGCGACUUUGCACAGGGAGUGCCAAGCCGGCGGCCGCUUGAGGAACGUCAAGUGGUUCAUUUCGUCACUGACAACCGUCGACUUCCUUCUUGCUGCAAUGAUUGUGUCCUCGGAUCUCUAUCACACUACCGUUGAAUCUUUAACUCGCUCUCCACCCCCGGCAGAAACGCCGGCUUGGAGCUCGGAUCGCGUUGACGAGAUGCUGGAAGCGAUUGAGAUAGCAGUGGGCAUUUGGGAGGGUCUUCGCGACCACUCCAUGGAGGCAUACAAAGCCCACACGACUCUCGGCGUCAUGUUGGAGCAACUCAAAAAACAUCGCGGGGCUAAGCAGGCGCCAAGCGGAUUCCAAGCAGCUUCGUCGGCAUAUCCCGCCAUGGCACAGAUGGAGGAUGCCAACGUUGCACCAGAGCACUCGGCAGCCAUGACUUUGGGCUUGCUCAGCACAGGUGGCAUGACGCCUAACGCAAAUAUGUUCGAUCAGCGAUACCCGGCAGGCAUGGCGAAUCUCUUGAACGAUCCAGUAUCUCAACCAUCAACAGGCUUAACACCGCAGUACAGCCAGGCCACUAGUGGUGCUGCAGGCACUGAGAACGCACCGAGUCCUUUUUCCAAUCUGUUUGGAGCAAACUUGUUUCAAAACUUGGAUCUGCCACCAACUGACAAUAUCAACUGGGACGCAUGGGACUCGUAUAUCCAAGGUCCCGGCAUCGAAGCAACAAACAACUUCUUUCCCAUGGACCUUGGCAGCAUACCGAUGCAGACAGAGCAGAACGGGCUGCCGCAAACGGGACCGGUAGUCCAUCAGCCUUCAGCUCCGACAGGUCACACGAGCAUGUUUGGGCAAGAUGUCUACAUGGGUGCUGAUGCGAAGACGGCUGGCGAAGGGUACGUCAGUGGCUUCAGGAUGCCAAAACCGUCCAAUUAG